GGCGCCGGUGAGCGCGUUUCCAUGUAUUGCUUCACACCCCAACCACCACCCAAUUGCGUUUUUGCUAACAGGUUUUUUAGCCUACUGGUAACACGUCUUUUUCCUUUUAUUGAACUUGGGCACGCAUUAUUUUUACGACCAUGGCCAAAAAGAAGUCUGGUAACAAAAAAAGUAAUAAGAAGCCAAAGGCCCAAGAGGAGCCAGACAAUCAAACACCUCCACCUGCUACGCCUGAUGUUACUAUUCCUGAACCACAAUCAGAGGAACAACAACAGCAGGAACAACAGCCUCAGGAGCCACAGCUAGCUGAAUCACAGCUGCAAGAACAACAACUACAACAACAACAACAAGCCGAACAACCAUCUGAUCAAGCAGUGGGGCAAACAACUGACCAACAACCUGAUCAACCCACAGAACAGACCUCAGAGCAACAGCCUGAGCAACCAAUAGACCAACCCUCUGAGCAAACAACAGACCAACCAUUAGACCAACCCCAAGAUCAGCCCCAAGACCAACAGGCAGAUCAACCCCUAGACCAACCCCCAGCAGAGCAAGCAGAUCAACAGCUCCCAGACCAGCAAGCGGAGCCACUGCAAGAGCAACCACUUGAGCAAGAGCUACAAGACCAACCGCCUCUUGACCAAAAGUUGCAAGAGGAACCACUCCUGGAACAACAGCUGCAAGAGGAGCCACUCCUGGAACAACAGUUGCAAGAAGAACCACCACUUGACCAAGAGCUGCAAGAGGAGCCACUCCUGGAACAACAGCUGCAAGAGGAACCACCACUUGACCAACAGCCGCAAGAUCAACAAUCUGAUCUACAGUUACAAGAGGAACAGCCAGAGCAACAGCUGCAACUACAACCAGAAGAAGCAAUCGAAGCCGAGCCCCAACAAUCAGAGGCUCCAGUAGAAGCCCCAGUGGAGCCCGAGUCACUGUCAGCACCUGAAGUUGCACCUGAAGUCGCAUCGGAAGUCGUACUAGAAGUUGCCGCAGAGCCAAUCCCUGAGACGGAGCUGGCACCAGCGCAAGAAGUGGAGCAGGAACAACUACAGCCCACUGCUGAUGAAGUUUCAACAGCCCUUGAACCUGAGCAACAACCUCAACCACCGACUAAUCCUGAAGAGGAUGGUUCUGCCCAAGUGAAUGCCCCCGACCUCUCCUCAAGUCAGCAGCUAGACGCGAGUGAUGUCCAGCGGGACCCCGAAGUGCCUCAAGAUCUGCACCAAGAGGAACUAGAAGUACCGGAACAUCCAGUUGAGGAGGCCGCUGAAACGACUCCGGAGAAUAUCGACGUAUCGAAGGAGCAAGUUGUCGAACCACCAGAGCCGACCCCAGUGACAGCACCACAGACCCCAUUGUUCUCGACGGACCCAACCACGGCUUCCGUAGAGACUCCAUUCGCUACAGAGACUCAAAUCGCCGAGUCUGCAUCUCCCACAAAGACCGACGCACCAGAGAUUGAGUCACACGCAGCCCCCGUAUCUGACCCCUCCUCUGAGGCAGUUGAGGCAGCACCUACUUCCCCCGCCCGCCAAACUACCCCACCUGUGUCCAAGCCGGCUUCUCCUGUGCCAAAGCACGCCUGUCCCACACCUAGGGCUGUUUCGCCUGUGCCUAGGGACGCUGCACCUACACCCAAGGCCGCUUCUCCAGCUCCUAAGCCUGCUUCACCUGUACCUCAGGCUGCCCCACCUAUGGCUGAAACUGUUUUGUCGAUGCAGGAAGCCGAGCUUCCUGCGGAAGUCAUCCCACCCGCACCAACACCCCCACCGGUCGCUUCUGUAUAUCAAGAACCUCCGGCCAUGCUACAGAAUCCUCCACCAGCCCAGAAGAUGGCCUCUCCUGUAUCAAAGGCAGCAUCGCCAUUCCAGAAGGUCGCUUCCCCUGUCCAGAAAUCCGCAUCGCCAAAAGUUACCAGCCCCCUCGCCCGCCACGCUUAUAUGUCACCGAUGAUAUCCCCGCACGCUACGCCACACGCUACGCCGCCAGUACAGCCGGCAAUGGCUCCUAUGCCCCCUAUGCCUCCUCCGAGUACUGCUCCCAGCGUAGCUAGCUAUGCUACAGCUUAUUCCCCCGUCAUGACCGCUGCUGGGUUUAUGCCCCAGUAUGCCUUCUACCCCCCGGGCAUGCAACCCACCCCCCGGGGCUCUAUGGAGCCCAGCACCGCGACAGCCUUCCAGCAUUUGCGCGAUCUGACUUAUGCCAACGGGAAUGGAUUCUUCGCCCCUCAGAACGGACAUCACAAUGGGCAUAACGGUCACCACAAGGGAAUGAUGUCGCCUCCUGAGCACCCUGUUGAAGAACCAAUUGAACUUCUGCAGAGAAUUCAAGAUGCCAUCCCAGACAUCAACCGCUUGUUGAGCAGUUACAGGAAUACGAAGAGCAAGCUGCAAGCCCGCGAAGCUGAGUUUCAACAAAUGAAGACCCAGCAUGAGCAGGAUUUGAUGCACAAGGACUUCUACAUUGAAGCUCUUCAGACGCAAAUGAGGAAAACUGCCAAUGAGGCGGCGGAAGAGUCCACCAAACUCAAAAACACGAUCAACGAGCUCCGCAUGGAACUUGGAAAUCUUGACGAGAAGCGGAAGGACCUCGAGGAGAAGCUGGAGGACUCCGAGAAGUCGAACGAGGAGCUGACACAGAACAAACAUGACCUCGAAGAGGAAGUCAGGACACUUAACACCAACAUGAAAGAUGCCCAAGAGGCUCAUGAGAAGGAAUGUGAGAGGCGCGAACAAGAGAAGGUGGACGCUCUUGAGACUCAGAAACGGGAAAUGACCGAAUCCUUCGAAGAGAUCAAGGCCGAAGAUGAAAAAGCAGCAGCGGAAGCUUUGGCUGCUCGCGAGAAAGAGUUGCUUGACCAGCAAGAAGCAAUGAAGAAUGAUUAUGAAGAUCAGAAGCGACAGAUGCAAGAAGCACACGACACAUUGCAGUCGAACUUCGAUGACAAGGUGAACGAAUUAGAGUCCACCAAGACCGAUCUCGAGAACAAGCACAAGGAACUCGAGGAGACUCGUGUGCAACAUGCCAAUGAAAUUGAACUCCUCAACAACACCCAUGCGGACCAUGUGGCCGACAUGGAGAGGCGCUGGGCCGAUGAGAGGGGCGAAUUGGAGCAGCGCAUCACGGACAAGUGCGAUGAACUCUCCCACUGUGAGCGCGAAAAGCAGAAGGUGGAAGAGGAUAAUGUUGUCAAGGAGCAACAACUACAGGCAGCAUCUGACGGCAUGCGCCUCACCAUUGAUAAUUUGGGCAAAGACUGCGAUAGGUUGAGAAAGACCCUUCACAGCCUUGGAGAAGCCACUGACCUCAAGAGCACGAAGGGUGAUCCAUUCUUGUAAGUGUGACCUAGUGCAUUGAGAAUGUGUUUUAGUACUUGACUGUCUUUCAAAAAUUUCCUUUUGUCAUCUUAAUCUUCCAGACUGUCUUCUGUGAUACUCUUUUUUUUACCGUUCUGGCCAGAAUUGUGCCACGUUCAUUUGUUUUCUUUUGUCCUUUUCGAUUUUCCCUAUAGAAUUAUGAUCACGAUGGUGACGAAGAUUAUGAGAUGUCAAUAAUGCUAUCAAUUGUACCUGCUCUGAUAAGAAUUCUAUAAUCUAGUUUGGACUGCUUCGGCCAGC